GUCUGGUCUUGUUUCCGGUCCUGCUCUUUCCGUCUGGUAGCUCAUCAGAUACGACCAUAGACUGUAUAUAUCUAUAUUAAUAUUAAUAUUAACGGUGUAUGGAUACAACCGGGGGCGACCCCCAGGGCCCGUAUGUUUGGAUGAACUUGUUCAAGAUGACUUUGUGUAAACGUUCACGACCUUUUACCUCAGGCACGUCUCCGUUAGCCAAGAAUGCUAACUGCUGCUAGCGUAGCAGGAAAUAGACGGAGCCCGAAUUUGGCCACUUGGUCACGGAGCGCGAACGGCUUUUUAACGGAGUUUGUUCUUGAGGAAAAGUUUCUGUCGUCGUGUGAAAAUGUCUAAAGUCCAAAUGCUGAGAGGGCUGGUGGAGCAGCGACUAACUGCGGCUGCUGAAGAGAUAUUUGGGCUGUUUGAAAGAACGAUAGCAGAGUACGAGGAGGAACUGGGUCGUUCAAAAGAGGAGCACGAGCGCCAACGGAAACGACUGGACGCUGUUUUCAGCCCUCAGCUCCGGCUGCACAGAGCAGACGUCCAGCAGCUGUCGGUGUUUAAAGCAGAGGUUCCCCCUGAGCAGCAGGAGUGGAGCUCCAAUCCGGACCAGGAGCACCCAGACCCCCCACACAUUAAAGAGGAACAGCAGCAACUCUGGACCAGUCAGGAGGGAGAGCAGCUUCAAGGGCUGGAUAUUGAUAUCAAGUUCCCGUUCACUACUGUCACUGUGAUGAGUGAAGAAGAUGAUGAAGAGAAAGAUCAGUCCUCACAGCUUCACAGAGAGGCAGAGAGACCAGGAGCUGGUGGAGAGGACUGGGGAGGACCAGAACCAGCCAGGAACUCAAAUCCAGAUAGUCCUUUACAACCAGCUACUUGUGACAAGACUUCAGACUCCCCUGAAUCUGAGACCGAUGCCAAUGGUGACUGGCAGGAGACUAGGGAUCCUCAGUCAGUAGCUGUAAGUGAUGUAGGGUGUAACACUGGAACCACGUCCCAACAUCUGAAGCGCCACCUGCUCGUCCACACCGGGGAGAAGUUGUACGGAUGUUCAGUGUGCGAGAGAAGAUUCGCAGACCCUAGUAGUCUGAGACGACACUUUACGGUCCACUUUGCCGAUGUAGUUCCUCAGCCGACUCUCCACCAGCAGAAUGAAAAUACUGACGGGACCACACUGAUCAGCUAG